UUACCAAAAAAAUGGAGAUAAUACAUACUGGGUGUUAAGCAUUCUAUCGUGGUUAGGUUAUUAGUUAUUAGAUUCGUUUAAUUUACAAUGAUUAGCAAAGUAGUAUUACUGGUGUUUUAUUUAAUUUUUAUAUUACUUAAAAGAAAUCAAGUAGGAUGCUUGAAAUGUUAUGUUUGUGGAAAUGAUUCCAAUCCUUGUGCUGAUUUUGAAUUAAAUAAAGAAAAAUUUGUUCAAGAAUGCAAAACCUCUGACCGAGGAUGCUUUUUGGAAACAAAAGGUGCUAAAAAAACAACUCGAAGCUGCAACUCUCAAGGACUCAAUGAUUGUCAGACUGCCAACAAGGUUGAAUACUGUUUCUGUUCAACUGAUUUAUGCAAUGACAAUGGGGGUAAGUUCUUCAACCCCACUGAUGAUGAAGACUUACUAGAUGAGGGUAGUGGCACCAAGCAGGUGUCUCCAGUUACUGUCGAGCCAAAAGUUAUUGCCAAGGGCUCAUCAUCGAAACUAUUCUCAAAAGAUGAAUGUCUUCAGUUCUCACUCAUUUUAUAUUUUGCCAUUAUGUAUUGAAAAAAAACAUAUUUAACUCAGUAUUCAAA